AUGGAACAUGAACCGCAAUUGAAGAUUGAAUUUCAAGAAGAUAGUGAUGUGACGAAUGGAAAAGAUGCUGUUUGGUUGACAGGACCAGACUUUGGUGAUUUUGUUAAAGAAGCCUGGCACCCUAUUGCGCCAUUCACAAAAGCUAUAGAGAGUUUUGUAAAAGCUAUCAAAUGA